GGGCCGCUCCUGCCCCCUGGGUUUUCUCAGGGCUCCGGCUCGUGCCCGCUCUGCUUACUCUAGAGUCCCGACUCUACCCCUGCACGUCCCCUGCCCAAGGCCCUCCCGGACCGUAAAGGCGGGCACCUCCUCUCCGCCCCCUCAGCCUGUCCGGGGAGGAGAAGGGGGCGGGCAGCUUAGGGGGUGUGACAGCUCCCGCUCGGACCAGUGCCAGCUGUAGCCUCGCUUCAUUGCCCCGUGCCAGCUGGCUCUUUGGUCUGGGACAGAGGCGGAGGCUCGGGGCUCCUUGUCGCUGGUGGUGGUGGUGGGGGGGACUUCCCCCCUUCCCCCCAGCCUUCUACCCACCCAAGAGGAGCCUCUCCACCCAGCCCUGCUUCUGGCUGGUCUGGCAGCCGGGCCAGCUCGGAAUUGGCCCUGGUUACUGCGUCUGGGACUUAGAACCCGCACCUCUCCAGGACCCCUUUAUUGGAGCUGACCGGGGCUCGCUGGGGGUCCCCCCAGCCUUUGCUCGAGCCUGAACGGCUAGGCGAGCUUGAGAAGGAACAUGAAGGUGGGCUGGCCAGGUGACAGCCGCUGGCAGGUGGACCUGGCUGUGGAGGACAGCCCAGCUCUGGAAGCACCACAGGUGGGAGGCCUUCCGGACGUGGUACCGGAGGGGACGCUGCUCAACAUGGUGCUGAGGAGGAUGUACCGGCCCCGAAGCUGCUCCUACCAGCUGCUGCUCGAGCACCAGCGGCCCAGCCGCAUCCAGGGGCUUCGCUGGACGCCACUCACCAACAGCGAGGAGUCCCUGGACUUCAGUGUGAGCCUGGAGCAGGCGUCCACGGAGCGGGUGCUCAGGGCUGGCAAGCAGUUGCAUCGACAUCUCCUGGCCACCUGCCCAAACCUCAUCCGAGACCGAAAGUACCACCUUAGGCUCUACCGGCAGUGCUGCUCUGGCCGGGAGCUGGUGGAUGCAAUCUUGGGCCUGGGGCUUGGGGUCCANGGAAGGGCUGGUGUGCUUGGGGAGACCGGAAGGGUGGGGGUGAGGGUUGCUGGAGUCCCAGGCCAGCGCACAGACGAGGAGCUGGACCUCAUCUUUGAGGAGCUGCUGCACAUCAAGGCUGUGGCCCACCUCUCCAACUCGGUGAAGCGAGAACUAGCGGCAGUUCUGCUGUUUGAACCACACAGCAAGGCGGGGACUGUGUUGUUCAGCCAGGGGGAUAAGGGCACCUCGUGGUACAUUAUCUGGAAGGGAUCUGUCAACGUGGUGACUCAUGGCAAGGGGCUGGUGACCACACUGCAUGAGGGAGAUGAUUUUGGACAGCUGGCUCUGGUGAACGAUGCUCCCCGGGCAGCCACCAUCAUCCUGCGAGAAGACAACUGUCAUUUUCUCCGUGUGGACAAGCAGGAUUUCAACCGUAUCAUUAAGGUGCCAUUGCAGGGGGUGGAUAGGGCAGGGGACAUGGCAAGGAGACUUCUUUGGAGAAGUGAUGUGGGGCAAGAGGAGGGACCAGAGAGAGCCUGUGAGGAGCAGGAAGAGAGAGGAGAUGGAGAAGCUCAGAGAUGA